CUAAUUACAAGUACUUCUUCCACUAGCCACUAUUUCCCACCCGUUUCCAAAACUCUCUCACAAAGCACACUCUCAUUAUCUUCUUCUUCUUCUUCAACUAUGCCUUCUCUAUCCGACGCCUUCCGAAGCCACCCUGUGUUUCUUCACCAGAAACACCCUGACUUCACUUCUCUUCAAGAACUUCCCGAUUCCUAUGCGUGGUCCUCCUCCGCCACCGCCGAUUCCCUCCGCCACGAUGCCGCCGUUCGGGUUCCCGUCGUUGAUCUUGAUGAUCCGAAUGCCUUUUCUUUCAUUGGCCGUGCAUGCAAAUCUUGGGGUUUCUUUCAGGUCGUCAAUCACGGCAUCCCCUCCGCCCUCCUCCGCGACAUUGAGGUCGCCGGCAAGGCCCUCUUCUCCCUUCCUCCCGCUCACAAGCUCCGAGCCGCUCGCUCCCCCGACGGCGUCUCUGGCUAUGGCCGCGCUCGAAUCUCCUCCUUCUUCCCCAAGCUCAUGUGGUCCGAAGGCUUCACUAUUGUUGGAUCCCCCCUCCACCAUUUUCGCCAACUCUGGCCUGACGACUACACUAAAUACUGUGAUAUUGUCGAGCGGUACGAAGAAGCGAUGAAAAACCUCGCGGGAAAGCUCAUGUGGCUCCUUAUGGCUUCUCUGGGUAUAUCAAAGGGGGACCUCCAAUGGGCCGGCCCAAGAGGCGAUUUCAACGGGGCUUCUGCUGCUUUGCAGUUGAACUCCUACCCAACUUGCCCCGACCCGGAUCGAGCCAUGGGUCUCGCCGCCCACACCGACUCUACCCUUUUGACUAUCUUACACCAGAAUAACAUCAGCGGCUUGCAAGUUUUCCGCGAAGGCAUGGGGUGGGUGACGGUGCCGCCACUCCCCGGCACGCUUGUCGUGAACGUUGGUGAUCUCCUCCACAUUUUAUCAAACGGUUUAUACCCAAGCGUGCUCCACCGGGCAGUUGUGAACCGGACCUGGCAACGGUUCUCAGUGGCAUAUUUGUACGGGCCCCCAGGGAAUGUGACGAUCUCACCACAUGCCAAGCUAGUGGGCCCGAGUCGGCCCGCAUUGUAUAGGCCGGUGACGUGGAACGAGUACCUUGGGACCAAAGCAAAGCAUUUCAACGAAGCACUAUCGCGUGUUGAGGUUUGUGCGCCUAAGAGCGGAUUGUUUGAUGUAAACGAGACUCACAACAGUAGUGUGCAAGUGGGCUAGCAACUUCUGAAAGUUAAAUUUGGAAUGUAGUGCUGUUGUUGAAUUAUCUUAAGUAGUAUAAUUAUGUGAA